AUGGCUAGCUCACCUGGAUCCAACAAGCCUUACGUUUCUAGAGGACAAGUUCUUCCAAGCCCGCCCCUUACUGUGAGAAUUGGAAAUUUCAUCUACUCGAUAUAUGCCAUUCUUGGUCUUUACUUUGUCAGCCUAUUCUCGCUGGACCCUUACUCGGCUGCCCAGAACUCGAGGUUCAACGUUGUAAGCCCACCGAGCAGGAAUAUACGAGGGACGCGGCCCGGUUGGGGUGGUGCCGGCGGCGGGCCUCCCGGGGGCGGUGGAGGUGGAGGCGGAGGCGGUGGUGGCAGCUGGGGAUGGGGAAGCGGCACUGGUGGUGGUGGAACUGACGGACCUUCAAAACGGAUUGGCCGGGUCGACGAUGUUAGAGGCCCUGAGUGCAGGAGCUGUGGAUAG